UUUGAGCUGAAACCAGAAUCAGCGCUGACAGUCCUCCACUGGGAUGCAGAAGGAACAACUCGGCUUUAAUCACCGUGGAGGCUCCUUGCGUUCAGCUCAGUUGUGACGUUGGACACCGGAGACCGAGACGCGUCGCCUCACGCUGCACAUACGGCCCGGACUGGUUGCGCGUCAGGUGGGAAGCUGUGGUCCAGUGAGCGGAGAGCAGACCCUCAGGUUGUGAAGAUGUGGAGCACACUGUUCUUUGUCACGGUCCUGCUGUUCUCUAUGAAAGGCGCUGAUGCUCAGGGCAGGUGUGAUAACGCACAAGCAGCAGAUAUAGUUUUCCUGAUAGACGGCUCCUCUAGCAUUGGUCGAGCCAACUUCCUGCAGGUGCAGGGUUUCAUGGCUGACAUCGUAAAACCCUUUGUGAGCGCCGUCAGCGAAUCGGGGAUUCGGUUUGGGGCGGUGCAGUACAGCGACACUUCAAGGGUUGAGUUCAUCUUCAACAGAUACCUGAAUGGCACUGACCUCGUCAACGCGGUGGAGCGUAUACCCUACAAAGGUGGAAACACGCGCACUGGAGCAGGUCUCAAGUAUGUCUCGGAUAACUUCUUCAAUCCUGCAUCCACUCGGGACGUCCCAAAGAUCACCAUCCUGAUCACAGAUGGGAAAUCACAAGAUCGUGUGCAAGAGCCGGCACAGAAGCUACGCAGUCAGGGGGUGAAGGUUUUUGCAGUUGGUAUAAAGAAUGCAGACAGAAAGGAACUGGCCCAGAUUUCCUCCCAGCCCAGCAGUGAUUUCACCUCCUUUGUUGGGGACUUUAGGCUCUUAUACACACUUGUUCCUCUUGUUAGCCCUCAAGUGUGUUCAGUAGCAGGAGGGGUAUAUGCAAGUGAUGAGGCAUCUUCUGGUCCGUCCAAUAUUCAGUUCACAAGUCAGACGGCCGACUCUCUCCGGUUUCGCUGGAGUCCUGCAGGAGGCCGAGUGAGUGGCUAUGUGAUCCAGUAUGUGCCACUCACGGGUCUGGGUCAGCCCAUCGUAACUGAAAUGCUCCAGGAGAGUGUUUCAGCCACCCAGAGGACCUUUACUGCACGAGGACUCCGGUCAGGAACAGACUACAUGGUGACCGUCAUUGCCCAGUACCCCAACAGCGUGGGAGAGUCUACCUCUGCUAAGCAGAAGACCAGGUCAUUGCCUGGUGUCUCCAGCCUCCGUUUGGUCCAGGCAGGUUUCUUCUCUCUCUCCAUUGGAUGGGAUCAACCUUCGUCUCCUGUGCAGGAAUACAAACUCACCUAUGGCCCUCGAGGUCAGCCUGAAGCUCAGCUACUGGAGCUGUCCCUGUCUGCAGACGCCACGUCUACCACCUUGGACUCUCUUCAGCCGGACACAGAGUACGUCAUCAACCUCUACCCUUCCUUCCCCAGAAACACUGCGCCCCCCUCUGUCCUCAACGCCCGAACAUUGCGUCUGGAGGGUGUCCAGCAGCUGUCAGUGGACACAUUGUCAGAGGACAGUGUCCGUAUUAAAUGGUCACGAGUUAGCGGGGUUCAAGGAUACCGUUUGGUUUGGGGACAGUUCACAGGCCGUGAUGUUGAGACUGUGGACGUUCCUGGUGACCUUGAGUUCUAUGCCUUGACGAGGCUGCAGCCUAACAUCGAAUACAUCGUCACCAUCAUCCCACUGUACGAGCAAAACAUCGAGGGGCCCGCAGCAACGGCCAGAUUCAACCUAGAUCUACAAGUACAGGACCUCAGACCAGUCAUCACUGGACCGUCUUCCAUCCGGCUCAACUGGAGGCCCGUCGAGUCUGCGAGGGGGUACCGCCUGGAGUGGCGGGAGCGCGGAGGAAGCCGUGUCCAGAGCCUUUCUUUCCCAAAAGGCACCGUCAGCUACGAGCUGACGGGGCUUCAAAUACAAACAAAAUACGACUUCACCAUCUACACACUGUAUGAAGGUCGGGAGGUGGCCACGCCCGUCACCACCGUAGAACUAGAGAAGCAGCCAGUGGGAAGUGUAUCCAACCUGAGGGUGGUGGAGUUUCUGGGCAGCACCGUCAGACUGGGCUGGACGGGCGUAGCUGGAGCCACGCAAUACCGGAUCCUCAUCCGUAACACAGAUGAUGGAACAGAAAAUAUCCAAAUUAUCCCUGGAGAUCAAACGACCCUUGACCUCAGGGACCUGAUAGGGGGCGUGUCAUAUGGCAUCAGUGUCACAGCAGUAGUGGGAGAGUUUGAAGGGAACCCCGUGACCGUCUUCAUCAAAUCAGAAGAAGGUGUAGGAAGAGUGACCAAUCUCAGAGUGACAAACAUUAACAGUCGGCGCGUUCGCAUUGCCUGGGAAGGCGUUACUGGGGCAACAGGGUACAGGGUUACAUGGACACAAGGCAACAAGGUGGAUCAGUCUCCUCUUCUUGGAGCCGAGGAUGCAACUUUCACUAUAGACAACCUGCAGCCGGAUGAAGCCCUGGUAAUUGGCGUUGCAGCUAUUGUUGAUCAGCGUGUCGGAGAGGCCGUCACGCUGACUACGCGGACUAAUCCCAUUACCGGGGCUUUGGCUGGACUUCGCAUCACAGAAAUCUCAUCCCGGGCGAUACGCCUUGCAUGGUCACCUGUUUCCAGGGCGACAGGAUAUAAGAUCACAUGGCGUCUUGAUGAUGAAGCUGAAACGACUGAUAUUGUUGCUGAUAAUGUCUCCUCCUACACCAUUGAUGGACUUCAGCCAAAUUCAGCCUACACUAUCCACGUUUCUCCUCUGAUUGGUUCUCGAGAGGGAACCCGUUCUGUUCUAAAUGUCAGGACAGAAAAAAGUCUGACAUAUGUUGGAACUGUGACGUCUUUGCAAGUCCACGAGUCCCCAGGAAAGGUCGUUAGAGUCACUUGGGUUGGUGUGCAGGGAGCAACAGCUUAUCGAGUCUCUUGGAAAAGAAGAGAUGGUGGGGAAGAGAGGAGCCAGUUGGUAGGUGGAAGUUUGACAACGAUGGAACUGGACCAGCUUGACACUGGAGCUGAGUAUGAGGUGCAGGUCAUGGCUUUGGUUGACAACAUAGAGGGGCCGCCCGUUUCUGUCAGCAUCACCACUCCUGGUUUUGAUACACCUCCUCCCUCACUGCCAACCACAACGUUACGAGUGACAGAAGUUACCCAGAAUUCUGUUCGGCUUGGUUGGGCUUAUCUUCCAGGUGCCACAGGGUAUGUUCUCCACUGGAAGGAAGAGACAGAUAUUGGUCGUGGUUUGUCUGUCGCUCUGCCGGCGUUGUCCACCUCCUACCUGGUGGGCGGUCUGCGUCUGGGCCGCCGAUACAGAUUCACCAUACAGCCCUCCUUUUCCUCUGGAUUGGCAGGAGAGACCUUUAUAGAUGAACGCACUGUGUGUCUCGGUGGACGGCUGGAUGUGGUGUUUCUGCUGCCUGCAUCUACUGACCGAACCAAUUUGGCGAGACCGCUGCGGGAACUCCUCCUGAGUGCAGCGGGGUCACUCGCCACUAUCGGAGCCCGUGAUUCACAGGUUGGGGUUGUGGUUUAUGGCAUCAGACCCAAAAUUGGGUUCCGGCUCAACUACCACGACAGAUCUGACACCCUGCUCCAAGAGCUCGGGUCUAUACCCUUUGAUGAAAGCCCAGGAAAUAACAUUGGUGAGGCGUUGACAUUCACCCGUCAGGCCCUUCUGAGCUUGUCAGCUGGACGGAGGCCUCGGGUGCCUGGAGCCGUCGUCAUCAUCGCUGACAGAAAAUCAGCGGACAAUCUGACCCUCGCAGCAAACAGUCUAAGAUCUACAGGUGUGACGGUGCUAGCUGUGGGGAUUGACCAAGCUGACAGGGAGGAGCUGCGUUGGGCGGUGACGGAUCGCAGCACCCAGAACAUCCUUUAUGCUCCAAAUGCAGCUCAGCUGAACACUCUACACGCUGAACUGGCAGACCUGCUUUGUGGGAUCGCCAGAAUACCAGAGGUAACUCCAGGUUCAGACCAGUGUACCGUGCAGUGUCCUCAGGGGGAGAAGGGUGAAAGUGGCCCAAAGGGUGAGAGAGGCAGAGAUGGCACAGAUGGACGCAAGGGGGAGCCCGGUCGUGAUGGUUUACCUGGGAGGGAAGGUCCCAGGGGUCCCGAAGGACGACCUGGACCACCGGGACAAUCGAUCACCUUCGACCCCGACCUGGGGGUAAAAGGAGAGAAGGGAGAGAGAGGUUUUCCUGGUAUUGAUGGAAAUCCAGGGUUGCCAGGACGACCAGGUGCUCCUGGAAAUGCAGGUGUCCCGGGUUCACAAGGCCUGCCUGGAGUCAGAGGAAGCGCAGGUGAACCUGGGGGAUCGGGGUCACCGGGACCAAAGGGAGACAAAGGUGAAAGGGGUGAGCCGGGCUCAGCUUUGUCUGGUGGGGGGCUUCCAGGAAGGAAAGGAGAACCGGGAAUCCCUGGAAUACCGGGGAAUCCAGGCCGACCGGGCAGCGACGGGGACAAAGGAUCUUCAGGAGUUCCAGGAAUGCGGGGUCAGGAUGGGCGUCCAGGAAUACCAGGAACACCAGGACUUUCCAUCAAGGGAGAUAAAGGCAGCCCAGGGGAAAGGGGACUUCCAGGAGUCGGAAGUGGGGUGGCCGUGAAGGGAGACAAGGGCUCUACUGGAAUUCCAGGGACUCCUGGGACUCCGGGUGCCAGAGGGCCCUCAGGACCUCAGGGCAGUAAGGGAGAAAAGGGCGAUGAAGGUGUUGGACUGCCUGGACCAACAGGAAAACAAGGAGAGCCUGGUGACCGGGGUCCUCGGGGGCCUGCAGGGGAAAUUGGCAGCAAGGGUGAUCGAGGACAGCCGGGUGAGCCGGGGACACGAGGAGACAGGGGAGAGCGAGGUCCGGCUGGUGAGACUGGGGAGAAGGGGGACCCAGGAAAACCUGGAAACUCGGGACCAUCGGGUUUAAGGGGUUUACCAGGACCAAGUGGACCGGCAGGAGAAAAGGGAAAUGAAGGCGCUCGAGGGGAGCCGGGCAGAAGUGCUCAAGGUUUGCCAGGGAAGAAAGGAGACCAGGGGGAACGAGGCCUGCCGGGUCUCCAGGGUCUGAGCGGGGAGAAGGGAGAGCCUGGAGAAAGAGGAGAGAAAGGUCCUCCAGGUACAAGUACAGGUUCAGAUGUUGCUGGAUCAAAAGGAGAACCUGGAGAUCGAGGAGUACCUGGAAUUAGUGGAAGACCUGGGCCCAAGGGAGCACCAGGUGAAACAGGAGAGAGGGGAGAGAAUGGAAGUCCGGGGAUCCCAGGAAAGGCUGGUGUCCCUGGAAAACAGGGAGAGAAAGGAGACAAAGGGGAUGAGGGCACACCUGGUGAAACGGGACCUCCAGGGAAGGCAGGAGAAAGAGGGUUGAGGGGGCUGGCUGGUCAGCCUGGACGACCGGGAGAGAAAGGAGACAUGGGAGAUCCGGGAGAGCACGGACGAAAUGGCAGCCCUGGAACUGCUGGACCGAGGGGGGAGAAAGGAGAGCAGGGACCUCAGGGGCCUCCGGGACCACCGGGAAAAUUGGCUGAUUCUCAGGCACUGCUGAAAGGCGGGAGAGGAGAAAAGGGCGAUGCUGGCGACCCGGGAGAACAUGGCAGCAAAGGUCAGAAAGGCGAGGCUGGGACUCCUGGAGCUGCAGGCCUGAGAGGUCCAGAGGGACCACGAGGGCCCACAGGCACAAAAGGUGAUGCAGGAGAAAGGGGUGGACCAGGAGAGAAGGGAGAAAGGGGAGCGUCUGGCUUAGAUGGGCGUCCCGGUCUGGAUGGGAAACCCGGCCUUCCAGGAUCACCUGGACUGAGGGGUGAUCCCGGGAAAACAGGUGACGCUGGGAGAGAUGGAUUGCCAGGAUUAAGGGGUGACCAGGGUCCUCAGGGGCCCAUUGGCCCUCCAGGAAGCCCUGGAGUACCUGGAAAGGCAGGUGAAGAUGGAAAAGCUGGUCUUCCUGGCAAAGUGGGGGAGGACGGAGUGCCGGGUGAAGAUGGGAGGAAGGGGGACAAAGGAGAAGCCGGAGCAGCUGGAAGAGACGGACGGGAUGGGCCAAAAGGAGACCGCGGUCCUGCUGGGCCUGCAGGCCCCACCGGCCCCCCUGGAUCUCCUGGAUUACCUGGCAGUGUUGGUCCUCCUGGACAGGUUGUUUAUGUAAAAGGAGUUGAAGCUGCUCCUAUCCCCGGCCCUCAGGGGCCUCCAGGAACGCCUGGAGUUCCUGGAAUUCCAGGAGCUGUGGGAGCUCGAGGGGAGAGGGGCCCACCUGGUCCCAAAGGAGAUACUGGAGACCCAGGAGAGGACGGAGCGCCUGGUAAACCUGGGACUGCGGCGGAUGUACAAAAAGCUUUGGCAAACCUGGGCAUUCAGGUGUCUGAUCUGAAGGUGGUUGUGGACAAGAAGGACGCGAUGUUGGCUCAGUCGGUGCAAGGGGCUGAAAAGGGUGAAAAGGGGGGAAAAGGUGAACCUGGACAGAGAGGACCAUCUGGUGUCGAUGGUGUUCGUGGUGUUCCCGGAGAGAGAGGAACCAAAGGAGAACAAGGGGAGCGAGGACCGAUGGGACUGACCGGGCCUCCAGGUAGAGCCAUUGGUGAACGAGGACCAGAGGGAUCCCCGGGGCCUGCGGGAGAGCCUGGAAAACCAGGAAUACCUGGUGUUCCUGGAAGAGCAGGGGAGCUGGGGGAGGCUGGAAGACCUGGAGAGAAGGGAGACAGAGGAGAGAAAGGUGACAAAGGGAACGCUGGUCCAGUCGGAUUAGUAGGACAAGCUGGGCCUCGAGGUGAAAAGGGAGCUCCUGGUGAGUCGGUUCUGCUCGGUACCCCUGGAGUCAGAGGCCCAGCAGGUGAGAAGGGAGAGCCUGGUGCUUCAGGACCACCAGGAACCAAAGGAGACCGGGGUUUUGUGGGACUUCGUGGUGAAAAAGGAGACAGAGGGAGCGCUGGAGAAAAAGGACGUGACGGCUCAAUGGGAGAAGCAGGAGAACCGGGAAAACCUGGUCAGGACGGGAAGCCUGGCUCAGCAGGGCUCUCUGGUCCUCGAGGCCAUCCAGGAAACCCAGGAGAGCCGGGCAUGAGGGGGCCAACUGGUCCCAUGGGCCCUAACGGUCUGCCAGGUCCACCAGGUGUGAAGGGUAUUCAAGGAGAACCAGGAGUUGGUGUACAGGGCCCCCCCGGUGCUCAGGGGAGCACAGGUCUGCCAGGACCCCCGGGUCCUCCUGGAGCUGUAGGUCCACAGGGGCCCCCAGGGCUACCGGGACAGGUGGGUGAAGCUGGUAAACCUGGCGUUCCUGGAAGAGAUGGAGUUCCUGGGAAGGAAGGAAUACCUGGAUUACCAGGAAAACAGGGCAUUGCCGGGCCUCCGGGACUGCAUGGAUUGAAGGGGGAGCAGGGAGACAGCGGCCCUCCAGGGAAUGCUGUGGCUGGACCCCCUGGACCAAAAGGAGGGAUGGGUCCACCUGGUGUUAUGCAGCCAGGUGUAGCUGGAGAACGAGGGCUUCCUGGAGUAAAAGGUGACAAGGGAGACAAAGGCCCUGCUGGCAUCAAAGGAGAAAGAGGCAUAUCUGGUGAACCAGGGGAUUCUGGUGAGGAUGGUCCACAAGGGUCUCCUGGACCUAAAGGAGACAAGGGAGAGAAAGGAAUAGGACAGUUGGGUCCACCCGGUCGUGUUGGACCUCCUGGUCUGAAGGGAGACCCAGGACUUCCAGGCCCAGCUGGUCCUCCAGGACCACUGGGAAAGUCAGGUGACCCUGGACUGCCUGGCACAAGAGGAGAAAACGGACUACCUGGACCUCCUGGACCCCCAGGAGAACGGGGACUUCAGGGUUUUGCAGGCCGUGCAGGAAAUCCUGGACCUCCUGGUCCUGCUGGUCCAGUUGGAGAGGCGGGUUCUCCCGGUACCAAUGGAGUCAAAGGGGACAAGGGGGAAGUUGGAGUUGGCAUCCCUGGUUCCAGAGGAGAGAGAGGAGAUCCAGGGCCUAGGGGCGAGGACGGACGAGCAGGCGUGGAUGGGGAGAGGGGACCAACGGGACCCCCUGGGAUCAGAGGUCUUAGAGGAGAAAAGGGAGACGGAGGCCUGCAGGGGGAAAAAGGAGAAAAGGGGGAGACGAUGUUGGUGGGAGGAGCUCCGGGAGAAAAAGGCAACAAAGGAGAAACGGGGGACAGAGGACCCAAGGGUACACAAGGAGAGAAGGGGUUGAAAGGUCAAGAGGGACCAUCUGGAGAACAGGGUCUGAGGGGAGAACCUGGAGAACGUGGAUCCACUGGAUUCCCAGGAGCCCGUGGUCCUGGUGGACAAAAAGGAGAAGCAGGUGAACCUGGAGUACCUGGUGAAUCGGGUUUACCUGGUAAAGAUGGCCUACUGGGCCGUAAAGGGGAGACGGGUGAAGUUGGUGUUGCAGGAGUUAGAGGAAUCAAGGGUGAUCGUGGACCCAAAGGCCUUUGUGGAGCCAGUGGACCCAAAGGAGAAAAGGGGGAUGCUGGUAUUCACGGACGGUCGGGGCUUCCAGGGAGAAAAGGUGAACAGGGUGACGUUGGAGCUGCCGGGGCUCCAGGAAUACCUGGAAAAGAGGGAUUGGCUGGCCCUAAGGGUGAACGUGGUUAUGACGGGGUUUCCGGACCCAAGGGAACGCAAGGAGAGAAAGGUGAUAGGGGACCACCUGGUGUGCCCGGUCCUCCUGGUCCCAGAGGAGGAGAUGGGCCUCCCGGCCUGACCGGCCCACAAGGUCCGACUGGUGCUAAAGGCCCAGAGGGGCUCCAGGGACAGAAGGGGGAGAGAGGUCCAGUUGGUCCUGCAACGGUCGGUCCUCGUGGUAUCCCGGGAAUCCCAGGGGAGCGAGGAGAACAGGGAGAGAUCGGGCCAGAUGGAACCAAGGGAGACAAAGGAGAUGCUGGCAUGACGGAGGAUGAGAUCAGGGACUACGUUCGCUCAGAGAUGAAUCAGCACUGUGCAUGUGGAGGUUCAGACCCAGAUACUCGGUCCCAGCCCACACUCAGGGCUUGGCCUACCACAGAGCAGCAACUGCUUCUGAAUGGUGAGAAGGGCCGGGAGCUGCGGGUGGUGGUGAACACCAAUGACCCAGACUACGAACACAUUUACUCCAUCGAGGCUCUGGAUGAUCCCAGGGAUGACCUGCUCUACCACGCCACACAGGCAGCCACAGGUGCUGACAUUCCAGCAGCAGUUGACAAUCAGAAAAAACAGAAGGUUAUGCCUCUUAUGGCAGACCCGUCUGGAUCUGUCAGAUCGAAGAGGAUGGCCAAAGGGGAGGAUCCAGUGAACUUUUGUCUGCUGCCCAUGGAUGAGGGUGACUGUCAGCGAUACACCCUGCGUUGGUACUUCAGCAGCCAGACCCAAGCCUGCAGGCCUUUUGUCUAUGGUGGCUGUAAAGGAAACAACAAUCGUUUCUUUCAGCAGGAGGAGUGUGAGGAAGUCUGCACCAGGACGACCGGCGAAGCUCUCUGCCUUCGGUUGAUUUCCCCUGAUUCAUGUCACACUCAUUCCACGUCAACUUCACCUUUCUUCAUCUGGCAUCAGCAAGCUUCAUCAGCUCCUCUUCCUUCGCAGGACUUCAUCUCAGAAGAUACCUGA